AUGAAAUGUGAGCAUAGGAGCAGAAACAUAGCAGAGAGAAGACAGAGAAACUCAGCAAACACAAGAUCAGAGUAUGCAUGGGAUGCCGAACACAGGGACUCAGAAACACAAGAUCAGAGGAUGCAUGGAAUGCCAAACACAGGGACUCAGAAAAACAAGAUCAGAAGAUGCAUGGAAUGCCAAACACAGGGACUAAGAAACACAAGAUCAGAAGAUGCAUGGAAUGCCAAACACAGGGACUCAGAAACACAAGAUCAGAGGAUGCAUGGAAUGCCAAACACAGGGACUCAGAAACACAAGAUCAGAGGAUGCAUGGAAUGCCAAACACAGGGACUCAGAAACACAAGAUCAGAGGAUGCAUGGGAUGAUGAACACAGGGACUCAGAAACACAAGAUCAGAGGAUGCAUGGAAUGCCAAACACAGGGACUCAGAAACACAAGAUCAGAGGAUGCAUGGGAUGA